UUCUCAUCACCGAGACGUUACCGGAGCCCCGCUGCUAUGAACACGGAGGAGACCAACGUGGACCUGAAGGAUGCGGAUCCGCAGGAGGCGCCGGGUCCGGGUCCCGAUGCGGUCCCGGAGGAGGCGCCGGGUCCCGCUGUGGAUGCUGAUGCUACGGAGGCCGAUGUGAGCGAAGCGGAUCUGGACCAGGUGGACCAGGAGGACCAGGUGGACCAGGAGGACCAGGAGGACCAGGAGGACCAGGAGAAGCAGCCGAUGACCGGAGAAGGAGACCGGGCCGAGGACGCUCCGUCGGCCGGCGGAGAGGAGGCGGAGCCGGUACCGGUACCGGAGAAGAACGGGUCCGUGAAGCUGAAGAUCCCCGAAGACGAGGAGGAGAAAUUCACAGGACUGACCAAGGAGGAGCUGCUGAGGGUAGCGGGCACCCCGGGCUGGGUGAGGACUCGCUGGUCCCUGCUGGUGGUGUUCUGGUUGGGUUGGUUGGGCAUGCUGGGUGGAGCCGUCCUCAUCGUGCUCCAGGCUCCUCGCUGUAGAGACCUCCCGUCCUCCAGCUGGUGGAACGCCGGCUCGCUGUACCGGAUCGGAGACGUCGGGGCCUUCAGCGCCACCCACGACCUGAAGGGUGUGGAGCAGAAGGUGGGCUACCUGUCCCAGAUGAAGGUCCGAGGUCUGGUGAUUGGUCCGAUCCACAUGGCUCCAGCCGACGACGUCAUGAGUCUGAGGUUUGAGGAGGUCUCCUCUGAGUCUGGAACCCUGGACCAGUUCAAGGACCUGGUCCAGGUGGCUCAUAAGAAGGGUAUUUCUGUGGUUCUGGAUCUGACUCCAAACUACCAGGGUUCUUCUGGACCCUGGUUCUCCAACGGCAGUGUGACCAACGUAGCUGAGAGGCUGAAGUCCGCUCUGGUCUUCUGGGUGAACCAAGGCCUGGACGGGGUCCAGCUGUCGGGGGUGGAGCGAGUGGCCAGCAUGGUGCCGUCUCUGUGGACCGACAUCCGAGCCAUCGUCCAGAACGGGACGGAGGGGACUCUCAACAAGAGAGUCCUGAUCGGCGUCACCGAGCGCUCCGCGGCCGAAGACGUGUCCGCCCUCCUCAACUCCACCGGCGUGGACCUGCUGAUCUCCGGCGUCCUCCUCCCCGGCGCCACGGAGGCCACGGACGCCACGGAGCGCGCUCAGUCCGUCCAGCUCUUGUACUCGGCCCACAGCCAGCUGAAGCUGGCCUGGAGCCUUGGGGGGUGGGGCCAAGGCCACCUGGCCUUGCUGGUGGGGCGGGGCCAAGGCCACCUGGCCUCGCUGGUGGGGCCGGCUCUGGUCAGACAGCACCAGCUGCUGCUGCUCACGCUGCCGGGGACGCCGGUCUUCAACUACGGAGACGAGAUCGGCCUGAUGGACGAGGGCAACACGUUUCCCAGAAUGCUUUGGGACUCUGAAGAUGAGCUGAACGGGACUUUGAAGGAGGAGUGGGCGGAGCGUCGGUCGUCCCGCCGCUUCUUCAGCGCUCUGAGCGCGCUCCGCGCUAAAGAACGCUCCCUGCUGUUCGGAGACUUCCUGCUCCUCUCUAACUCCUCCUCCUCGCUGGCGUACCUGCGCGUCUGGGAUCAGAGCGAGCGCUACCUGGCCGCCUUCAACUGGGCGGAGGAGGCGGCGGCGCUGCACCUGAGCGGCGCGGCGGCGCUGCCUCGGUGGGCGGUGGUCGUCCUCAGCACCGACGGCGGCGCCCUGCCGGCCGACAGCAGCGUGGACCUGACGGAGCUGCGGCUCGGCCCCGGGGAGGCAGCGCUGCUCAGGUUUCCGUACGCCGGCUAG